GAACUGACCAAAGGGAUGUCCCACACACAGAACGUCAUGCUGGCUAUUCGAGCUGGGGGCAGUAACCUGCGAGGGCGGAUCAUCUGCUUUCGGACAGGGGGUCUGGCUGAGGCAGUGGGGGUACGCCUUGCUACAGGGCCCAGACAGAAUAAUGGCAUUUUCUACGAAAUUCGCACAUAUGAUAUUAAGCCAGCGAAGAUGAAGGAGUUUUUGGAAAUGGUCAGCAAGUACAUUCACUUUCGCACUGCCCACUCGGAGCUGGUGGGGUUCUGGUACUCGGAGCUGGGAGCCAUGAACAAGGUGCUGCACAUUUGGAAGUACGAUAAUUUUGCCCACAGAACAGCAGUCCGGCAUGCACUAGCAAAUGACAAAGCCUGGCAGGGAAAGUUCAUCUCUGCAGCUCUCCCCUUGGUAGAGAAGCAGCACAAUGAGGUUGCUUAUCUGGUGCCCUGGUGUCAGCUUGGGAAGCCUUCAAAGGAAGGGGGUGUGUAUGAAUGGGUUACUUUCCAGAUGAAGCCUGGUGGGCCAGCAUUGUGGGGUGAAGCAUUUCGUGCUGCAAUCAAUGCUCACAUCAACACAGGAUAUACCAAGCUGAUCGGUGUUUUCCACACAGAAUAUGGAUUACUUAACACAGUCCAUGUUCUAUGGUGGAACGAGAGCCCAGAUCAGCGGGCAGCAGGAAGACACAGUGCCCAUGAAGAUGCCAGAGUUGUGGCAGCUGUGCGCGACAGUGUCAGAUUCUUGGAGUCCCAGCAAAAUGUGCUUCUGAUUCCUCUGCAAUGCUCACCACUGAAGUAACCUUCUUCUAAAGGAUGUAACUGAUGGCAGAAGAGACAAGAUGGAAGUGCUGUCAGCAAGUGACAUGGACCCCCAUACCCUUAUGAGAUUAGCUGUUCUUCAGAUGACAAAAAAUGGAUGCAAAAUGCUGAUCCACUGGCAGUGUAAAUCAGCAUUCUGACACCAAUUGUUAAACAGAAGUUUAUGGUGAUGUUCCUACCUCUCCAGGACAAACAACUUGAACCAUAUCAUGAUGUAAACUAUGCAUUACCAACCUUCUCUUUUAAUCCUUAAGUUCUUCAUGAUUUUUUGCACAGCUAAAUCACUUGCCAAACUGAGGAAGUUAAGUGCUCUUGUCCAGCAUUCCAGCCAGGCCUGGUAUAAUUUUUAUAACAUACUUUGAUGCCUCUUACAAUUUCACAUCUUAGUUAUUCCAUACAGUUUUAAGAAGGAAAACUCCCACAUGUAUCUUAACAAAUUAUGUUUUAAUCAGACUUCUCACUGGUGUACUUUAUAUUAAUUCUGAGCAAUGUACAACAUCAGUGUUGCUGGAAUUGCACUUAAAUGUAACAGUGGGGCUGAUUAGGUAGUGUAUCCUAAUGAGUUCUGCCAUGAAACUUUUUACAUAAUAACUUGUUAUGGCUCAUUUCAGUCUUUUCUUUUUCUGUUCAUCAAACACUGCCUCAAAACUGUGAGUUAUCCCCACGAGCUUUGGCUUGGAUAUUUUAUUAUUUGUUUAAGGUGCUAUAGGUGAUUAGCCCUUCUUGUUCAAUUGUGUCAUCAGACUCAACUGAUUUACAUGUGCUGUCAUUCUUUGAAAUACUUUUUGUCAGACUGUUGAAAGCUAAAUAAAUGAGCAUAAAGCAUUAA